UUUCUUCUUAGAAAUUCCCCAGUCCCUUUCAGUCCAAUUGCACUUAUCUUAGAGGCGAGAGCGUGGUUCCUAUGAAAUAUAGUUAUACACUUCCAAUCAAGUUUUUGACAUGCCUUUCCCCUGUCAAGCGCUUGGAUCCACUUAAGGAAUUUGCGAGGGCGCCGGGAAAGAAACACUUAACAAGGAAGGCAGCCAAUGAUGUGCGACAUUCCCAGUAUGUAUAGCCAGAAACACCCGAAUUAGCGUUCGUGGGACAAGUUUGGCCCAAGACCACGUUUGCUGCUGCCAAAAGUGUUUUUCAUAGGUUCAUGGUUGUGAGUAAUGGCAUGGACUGGAGUUUCAUGCCUCCUGAUGCUCCUACUACACACUGGCUUACCUAAACCUGGCAAUCCGCCUCCUCCCUCAACUCCUCAGUGUUACAUCCCCUAUGCUACACUGGUGGAUAUACUAUGUUCCUGGGACCCUGGUUCAGACCCACAGAUUCCCACCUCCUACACUAUGUACUGGCAGUCAGGCGAUUGGACUGACUCAGUGGAGGGAACCAACGUGAGUGGUGUAAUCCCUCGUGACCGGUACUCCAAGUACAGUGACCUGGAGGUGUGGGUUAAAGCUGUCAAUAAGCUGGGCAAUGUCACGUCUGAAAAGGCUUCCUUUAACACCGGUGACAUCAUGAAGCCACCCGCCCCUGAAAUAUUUAAACAUUCCCACCAGCCUCUGGAGAUCUUCUGGAGAAUAGAUUGUUUGGAAUUAGUAAGCCUCAAAGAAUGUGAGGUCCAGUAUCGCACUCAAGACCAGCAGGAUUGGACUCAGGAGGAAGAAAGCCUUCUAAAAAGCUACUCGCUCCAGACUCCACAGCCCAAUACUUUGUAUGAGUUCCAGGUGCGCUGUGCCUGUGAAUGUAAUUGCGCUGAGUCCAUGAUGAGUGACUGGAGCUCAACCUACACAGCAAGGAGUUAUGAGGCAGCACCGGUUAAGGCAUUGGAUGUAUGGAGUGACUGUGGAGUCACCUCAGAGCUUUCUCAGUGUGGCCUUAUGUGGAAGGAGUUGCCCAUCCAGUUUGCACGAGGGGAGGUGCUGGGGUACAUGGUGACAUUAUUGUACAGUAACGGCACAAAGAAGGAUGAAAACGUGUUGCUGACAAUGAAUGGGGACCGGCUUGUCAGUCAAGAGAAGAUAUGGCGCUUCACUCCCUCUCUGCAGGGUGUAUUAGGAGGGGAUGUGUCAGCCUACAAUUCCCAGGGUGCCAGCGAACAUGCUCACCACGCCCUACCCACAUCAUGCAAGGGUCUACCUGUGUCAGAACUAUCCUUCACCGUAAACAUGACUCUAUGGAGCCUUAACGUGUCCUGGUUUCUGCCAAACCAGCCCAUUGAAAACAUACAAGAGUUUGUGGUGCAGUACAAUAAGGCAGGGAUUUUUCCAACAGCGGGCUUUGAAUGGAUAAAAGUGGACAGAAAUCUAAUGUCAGUCAUUCUAAGAGGUCACUUUGAGAAUUUUACUGCCUACAAUGUGUCGUUGUAUGCCGUUUUCAAUAACAGUAGCUGCUUACUUGCAUCAAAAAUUGCAUAUUCCAUUAGUGGACUCCCACCCAAAGUGCGGGAUUUCCAGUCCCAGAUCGAUGGCAAUGUUGUCACUGUGUCCUGGCAACACAACUUGCUGAACGAGAGCAAGGGGCACAUUCUGUACUAUCAACUGAUACUAGACAACUCCACAGUGCACAAUGUGAGCGGGAACCAGACAAGCUUUGUUUUUUCUGGUCUUACCUCUGGGCACCACCAUGUCUGGAUCAGGGCUGCGACAGAAGCUGGACUGGAACCCAGUGGAAGCAUCAACUUCUUUUAUCUGGAAACCGACGGUAUCUUCUACACUCUGUGGUUAAUAAUACUAGUAUUAUUAACAUUACUAUUCCUUUUCCUUUUGAUUUGGUACAUAAAGGAAAAGUGCAUAAAGGAAAAGUUGUGUUUUCAAGUGCCUGACCCAAUAAAUAGCAAACUCUUUCAGCAAAAGAUACCAGAGUUCAACAGCUCCUGGACAGGGAACUGCAACUCUGUAGAGUACAACCCAAAGAUCUCGGAGCUGGAGGUGGUUGAAAAGCCUCUCUGGGAUGCCAAGGCUAGCCCAAAGGAAAUGUCCAACUCAGAUAGACUGAUAGGGGACAGAACCCACACAAGGAGGAAUGGAGAGCGGCAUGAGGAGGUACAUGCUGACCCAGGGGAUUACAGAGACAAAGACUUGCAACAGACAGAAGGGAGAAGAGAGAACAGAAGAGAGGGUUACAGAAAAAUGAUUGACACUUACAAAGAUGAGAGGGACUGGGAAGAGUCCUUGUCGGAGGAUGACCAGUUUGUUUCAGACUAUGAGAAGCAUUACAUGCCUGGAAAUGUAUGACCCUACUGCUGGUUGGGUUUGGUAUAAUAUAUAUAUACACACACACACACACAGUGCCUUGCGAAAGUAUUCGGCCCCCUUGAACUUUGACCUUUGGCCACAUUUCAGGCCUCAAACAGAAAGAUAUAAAACAUAUAUAUAUAUAUAAUAUCCUGACACCCUCCAUUGUUCAGUUUGUCCCCUCUUUAAUUGUGAAACCUUUUUUCUUUUUUACUAUGAUGAUAAAGUAUUAUAUAGAUUGUCAAAUGCAGGUAUUUGUAUUGCUUUUACCAUUUAGAAGUUGCAAAGGUUUUUCUACUCAUACAACUCUAUUUCAGGGAACCAAAUGUGGUGGGGGAGGUAUAAUGUCCAAAUGAAGCUUUUAUGUUUAGUAUUAAGUCUUGUAAUGGACUUAAGAAUGUACUGUAUUCUCACUUGACAGCAAGCAGGUGAGGUAUCUAGUAAUGAUGAGGUAACUUGUAAUUAUUUAUAUAUUUGCUACCUAGGAAUGAUUUGUUUUAACAUCUAAACGUAUGUAUUAGGUAUGAGCAAUAUGCUGUAGAUGUGGGGCUUGCUAAAUUAUAGAGUGCACUUUAUGUUGUUAUUAUUGAUAAAUACAACUUGUUUGGAAAAAGUUAAAUUUCAUAGUAAAUGUACACCUGUAUUAAAAAACAGAAAGUGA